AUGAUCUACGACCUGCGGAUCAGCAAGGAGAAGGUGACCCGUGAAUGGAUUGCAGCUCAAGCCCGAGAUCUUUUCCACGGUAGCGGAACGAAAGAGGAAGCUGAGGAGCACCCGAUCCGAUUUAUGGCAUCCGAUCCGUGGGUGGCCUAG